GUUCUAGCCAAGGUCCCGAGCUCCCUAGUACUAGAGGCCCCGUGACUAAUAGUACUGCUUGCAUUUUAGUGCUGUGUGUGGCUGUGCUCCGAAGAAGCACCAAUUGCGGGUCACGACCAUAUUCCACCGCCCCAAAGUAUUCUACAGGCUUUCCGUUCAACUACUCAUCGUGGCCCGUGCUGGCCUCCUUUCAACGCUUAUUCCCUCUCGUCUUCCUCUCAAGAACCAAACGAUCCCGCAGAAGUAAUACCCUCCCUAUCACUGAGUCUCGGCAUAGCCCCCCUCAAACUUCAAACAUGCCUUCAGACAGCCCCCCGCCAACAAAAGCUGGCCUCCUCAAGUGGUGGACUCAAUUCACCCAUGCUCAGAAUCGCAAAAAGGAUUCCGACUCGAGUAGAACUGUAGAUCAAGAGGAACAUCCGGUGUUUCAAAAACCACUCAAAGAGAGUCUGAGGUAUGCAAGCGUGCAGAUUUCGACUGCCAAUGCAAACGGCGAGCUGUAUAUUUGGGGGUACAUACCUGUCGUUGUAGCGAAAUGUGGCCUUUAUCUCAAAGAAAAUGCUACAGAGGUAGAGGGGACGUUUCGUGUCAAUGGUUCUACUAAGCGCAUGCGAGAUCUACAAGCCGCUUUCGAGACACCACCACGUUACGGGAAAUCCUUGGACUGGAAAAAUGAACAUUUUACAACACAUGACGUUGCAAGCGUCUUUCGUAGAUAUCUAACUCAGAUGCCUGAACCCGUAAUACCGCACGAUAUGUAUCACGAUUUCCGGGACGUUUUGCGAAAGAAACCAUUCAACUAUGAUGAAGUGAUUGCAACGUACAAGCGUCUAAUCCAACGUAUGCCCCGCGCGAACCAAUACCUUCUUCUCUACGUAUUGGAUCUAUUAUCAGUAUUUGCACGAAAAUCAGAUAAGAAUCUCAUGACGGCCACAAAUCUCGCAGUGAUUUUUCGGCCCGGCCUUAUAUCCCAUCCUAACCACGAAAUGUCACCUGGGGAACAUGCGCUAAGCCAACGUGUUCUCGAAUUUCUCAUUGCGCAACAGGAUUGGUUCUUACUCGACAUACCACCGCCACCACGAUCGGAGCAGAGCUCUUCGUGGAAACCACCACCACGGCCCCACCAUGCACACACACAGGUACCGAGUGAGGAAGACUCGGAUCUUGUUGUUGUGCCUAGCUCAGAUGACGAGCACACGCCAAUUUCUGGAGGCUGGAAGCUUGUUGGCCGUGACAGACGGCGCAUUUACCGGCGCCGCACGACGCUAGAAUACACUGGUUCGCUGGACAGAUCAGAAGAUAUUGAUAGUGGACAAUUGUCGCCUGUCUUGGAGACACCAACAUCCCGCCCCGUAAGCCAAGCUUCAGGUCCCGCAGCAGUAGGAGUGAGCCGAAGUCGGACGCUGCCCUCCAAUCGAGGGAGCACAGACGAGGAGAAACAUCGCGCUAGGGUGCUCAGAAAACAGAAACGAGCAUCAGCUCAGCCGCGACCUGGGACCCAUGCGGGUGGGUAGGAUGGGAGGGAGUGAGCACCUGGAAGUUUGUGAUAUUAAUAUACUUUUUUGAGGCGAGCAUGGCGUUAUUGUGCCGAUUUCCCGGUCCCCCGUUUUAUUUUUUUCCCUUUUUACCGGUCUGGACAAUUGCAUUUUGAGUUUUUCUAUGUAUACUUUAGGGCUGUCAAGUAGCUACACUUCGGGAAAUAACAAGGACAGUUGUUUUCA